GGAAUACCAGGCAUAUAUAAGACUUGUUGGAUUUGAGGUCGUUGGGUAAUGGAAAUCUAGUCCUCAAGCCACCUCCUCAUCCCAGGUUGCCGUAACCGAGGUAAUCACGCGCUUGGCACGUCAUGGAGUCUGGACCUCGUCACGCCACUGUGGACCGUGGACAUAUCACGAAACCUGAGCGGUUGGAGAACACAUAUACUUCCGAUACCAGUCUUCAACGAUCUCUCUCCUGUACGUUUGACCAUGACCAUACUCUGUGAGAAUUUAAGAGUGGACUAAUAAGUAUAGGGUACCUGCCGUCGCAGAAGCUAGAGCAGGCUCGGCCACAAUUGGUAGAAUUGGGCGAGGAAGCUGUGUCGGACCAGAUUAGGGAGUGGAGCGCGGAUGCCGAAAGGCAUCAACCAUAUGUGAAGGGAUUCAAUGUCUGGGGUCAGCGGUAUGAUUAUGAUCGACUUAUUACCAGCGAAGGGUGGAAGCAGCUGGGUAAAUGGGGUGCCCGCCACGGGUGAGUUGUCUUUGUCCUUGUACAAUCCACCUAUUUACUGACCUGCUAAGUGUCGUGUCGUUGGGAUAUGAGCCGACAUACGGGGCAGAGAGACGAUUGGUUCAAUAUGCUUUAUUCUCCCUCGUCUGGGCUUUAUUCCUGCCCUAUCAGCAUGUCUGAUGGAGCCGCGCUUGUUUUGAACAAGGAGCGCAAGAACCUACCCCCGGACCACCCCUUCCAGACGGCGUAUCAGAAAUUAACCUCUAAGAAGGAGGAUUAUUGGACUUCUGGUCAGUGGAUGACCGAAAGAGCAGGAGGCAGCGAUGUCCAAAACACGGAGACUUGGGCCACGUACUCGCCUUUGUCGCAUAAGUCGAAGGCCUCGAACGGUCUUGAUGAGGGCGACUACCUGAUCAGCGGGUUCAAGUUCUUUUCUUCCGCCACCGAUGCUAAUGUCGCUCUGAUGCUUGCUAAAACGCCUUCGGGACAGCUGAGCACAUUCCUCGCACCGUUGCGGAAGACUGUUGUCGGGGAAGACGGUAAGCCUCGGGUGGUUACUAAUGGUGUCCGAAUCCAUCGUUUGAAGAACAAGCUGGGGACUAAGGAAUUGCCCACGGCAGAGUUGGAACUUAAAGACAUGCGUGCUCACCUGGUCGGGACUGUCGACCAUGGUGUCAUGGCGAUUGCACCAUUACUUAAUAUUACUCGAACUCAUACGUUCAUUGGAUCGCUUGCCGCAUGGCGGCGUGCCAUUAGUAUUACCAAGAGCUUUGCUAAGGCCAGGACAACGGUCGGCGAACCCUUGUGGCUCAUUCCCAUGCAUCUGAGCCUACUAGCAGACCUGGAGGUGAAACAUCGGGGAGCGAUGAACCUCGCCUUUUUCACGGUUGCCGUCAUGGGCGUUGUCGAAAAUAACGGGGUCUCCACUCCUGCGGCGCAUCUGCCCACAAAGGGCAAGGAAGCGCAGGUAGUGUUCCGGGCUUUGACAGCCAUUGCUAAGGCAGUGAUUAGCAAGAACGCAAUUGCAGGGAUUCAGGAAUGCCAAGAGGGAAUGGGCGGGGUUGGAUACAUGGAUGAACCGGACGAGCCGGAGUUCAACAUCGCUCGACUGCUACGGAACACUGCUGUGAACUCCAUUUGGGAGGGAACUACUAAUGUGCUGGCUAGUGAGCUCGUUCGCUUCCUUGUCAAACGUGAUAAUCUGGCUAUCUUCUCGGCCUGGUUCGAGCGUACGUUGGCGUUGAUUACGACGUCAGAGUUUGCAGGCGCAGUGAAACGGGCAUGGUCUAGCUUCAUUUCUCGGGUUACAGCCACCAGCGAGCCGCGGUUCAUUCUGGCGGAUGCUCGCCGAGUCAUGUUUACCCUUGCCUGGAUACUCAGUGCUGCUCUUCUUGCUCUGGACGCUGAACGAGACGGUGAUGGUGUUGCGGGCGAAAUUGCACGACGGUGGAUCCUGUCCGGUGAAGGCGGCGUUGGCGAUAUGGUUUGGCGAGACAUUAUCAGCGUCCAGCGUACUCCGGGUGUAGGGCCCUCGUCGAUAACAAACGAACAUCUGCGCUGGGACUGUCGCAUUGCCUGGGGGGUGGAGUUGCCAGCGAAGCAAGUGUCGGGCCAUCGGUCAUUUCAGGGCAACGGCUCGAAGUUGUGAAUCGCAUCAAGCAUGUGGUUGCCGUUGCCAUUAUGAUUCCUCUGCAUUUGCCAGAGAGUUAAACCAUGGGACCCACAUUGCAUUAAUUGUACAUAACGUAUAUAGCGACUACUAUAGUGAACUAGUUAAGGCCCUUUCCCGUGAAGGCUGGAUUCCACAAGGAAAAGGGGUUAAGUAGAAAACUAGAAAACUAUAACAAAGAAAAAGGGGCACAUGGAGACUGCUAAUGCCCUGAACUCUAAAGCGUGGGAAGCCUGCCAACUCUGUCUGAUGCAUUUUGUGGACCAGAUAAACCAGAUCAUCCUUUUGAUGCAGAUUUCUUGAUUUCUCGUGGGAUUAGUCUGUACGAUAAACUUCCGGGUGGGCAACAGAUCAAUUUUCACUGGAGUCUGGCAGCGGGGAAAGUCGUGCCGAUGGGUCUCCGGACAUCCUUGAAGGGUUGUGGAUCGAUUUAAUUGUCUAAUGACG